AUGGCCCGACAAAAGUCAUGGCUCUGGGAGCACUAUUAUCAAGAUGAGGACAAGGUCAACAGCAGUUUCUUUGAGGCACGGUGCAUGUACUGUGCUGUGGUAAAGCUGAAAGAAAUUCAGCUUCUCGAAGAGAAAGCAGUUGCGGAGGGAAAAUUAAUGGUGGUGUGGUCUAAGAAUAUUCUUCUUCAAGAGGCACAGAAAAAAGUCAAGAUGGCCACUGGGAAGAUCUCCGUCCUCGUGAAUCAUCUUAUAACAUGUGAAUAUGCACCUAAAAAUGUCAAGGAUAAGGUAAAGAAGUAUAAGAAAAAGAAGAGCAAAGUGGCAGACAUGGACAAGGAUUCCGACUCAGACUCGGAUGUGGCCCAGCCACCAUCGCUGCAGCCAGGUAUUUGUUUGAUGCUCGGGGACUACUACAAACACAAUCCACAAGUCAAGACCGUUGUCGAUGCGGCUCUUAAAGUGAUCAAAUGGUUCAAUAACCACUCGUUCGCUCUGGGUGUUUUGAACGAAGAGCAGCAAUUAAUGUAUCAUAAAAUUCUGGCACUUAUCUUGCCGGUUAUCACUCGCUGGACUUCCCACUUUUGCUCCUUAUUGUGCCUGCUCGAGACCUGGAAAGCACUUCAGAUCACCUCAAUCAAGCACGAUGUGAAGUUGAUCGAGUCUGCAGGAAGAAGUGUCAAGUCCAAGAGAAAAGCAAAGCGAGUGCUUCAGCACGUCCGAAAUGAUGAAUGGUGGAAGAAAUUGGUCAUUGUCAAGAUGCAUAUCGAGCCUCUUGUAAUCACAACAAAUGUAUCUCAAGGUGCAAAUACACGCUGUGAUCAGGUACUGCUUCUCCUUGGGAAUCUCUAUCGCAGUUAUUUCAACAUUCGCAAGAACGAUCGUACUAUUCCCGAUGCCGAGGAAGAAGACGAAGCACAUCCUGUGACUGCGAUUAUGGAAAGCAUCGAGAAGCGCUGGCAAAAAGCAGAUCAAGAUUUGUUUAUCACUUGCCUCUUCCUAAAUCCGUUCAUUAAUUCCUCGUUGCUCAACGGCACAACACUCUCUGUGGCCAUGAUCAUGGGCAUCAUUCACCGGCUCUAUCUUCGAGUCUUCCGCACUGAGACUCCGCCCGAGGAUCUCAUGCGCAGUGUCUAUGAGUACCAUAUGCGCUUCGGUAUGUUCUUUGCAGAGAACUGGCCGUUGAAUGAUUUGAAAGAGGGCCUGAAGGACGAGGAUGGAACGUGUGACCCGCUACGUGUCUGGCGCAUUCUGGACAAGAAGAACUCUCUCGUCAAACUUGCCGACCUUAUUCUCAGCUUUGUGCCGAGUUCAGCAACUACGGAGCGCCUCUUUACCAAGAUGGAUGAUACAAAGACAAAAAAGUGCAGCUGA